GGAAACCUGUCUGGGUGAUGGAACUCUGCAAUUACUGCGUCCAAGAGGCUGACUUCACUUGCACAAAAAAGUCUCGUUACCACAGAUGUCUAACAGAUAUUAUAAAAAACCCAAGCUGUCCAGAUAAGUUGCGCGAGGAAGCCAAAUCUUUUAGGGAUUCUACGUUAAAAAGUCGCUGCAAAGGUGGCUGGGACACAAUAAAUCCUGACAAACUGGUAACAGAUGAUUACGAUGAAGACAAAAACAUGGACAGUUGCAAGGAGGCCCGAACUCUUUGUUUAAAAGAAGCAAACACGACGAUUUCCUGCGAGAAGUUAAAAGAGCGGCAUAAGUGUGCCCUGGGCUAUAAGGACACGCCCUACUGCAGUGAAGGGGUCAGGAAAGAUGCGGAGGAAUGGAUUGAGAAGCAUGCGAUAGAAGAUUGCGCAGCUAAUGAUGCAUCAUUAUCAGAACCUUGUGUUGAAGUACCCCCAUCCUGUCAGAAUAAUGAAACGAAUAAUGCCACAGAAUGCGAAUUUUAUCAACCCAUAGUCAACUGCGAAAUGAACAGAUUGACAAAGAUCUGGUGCGACAAAGAGAAGUGGUUUGCCGACGUAGCCAAGGCUAUUUCCAAUGAUGAAGCAGCCGAGAAGUCCAAUUGUUAUGGAGAGCUACCCGACCACCCUAACAUCGCCCUGAAGCUCCUACAGGUGAACCCCGUGGACUCCAACUCCUUAGCCUUUGGGCUGAGCACGGUGUUCCUGACCUACCAGGUGGACCUGAACGCCCUGGACAAGGAGACAGGCUGCUACCACCUCUACUUCGACUAUUGUAAGGCCAGCUGGACGGACUGCUACAAGUUCGAGUCGUGGCUAACGGCAUGCGUGUUCCCAUCAGACUGUCAUAUGCUAACCUGCAGCAAAGACGAAGCAGUUGUGACGGACGCGACCAACGUCAUGUGCAAUUGCAUCAAUCUAGCCAAUCAGAUGAAGGCCAUUCUCUCCAUCCCCACCGCCACUUACGAUGCCAUAGAUUACAAGUUUCGCCUGCGAGUCUCGUCCUCUAAAGAUCCGGGAGAGAAGGAAGCUGUCGUUGAAAUCAGUGAAAUCUUCAAGAUGUCUUACUACAUUGAUGAAAAUUUCGCCAAACUGCCUUUUCUAUCAAAGAAUGUGGGAGCCAAGACAAAACUCGGCCUCUGUGGAAUCUUGCAAAUCUCAGCUCUCGUGGCCUUCACACUAGCCACUACUUUUAACUGGUAGCUUUGCUAAUCAUUACACACUGGUUGCCUAGGUAACCAUUACACACUGGUACCCUAGGUAACCAUUAUACACUUGUAGCCAAGGUAACCAUUACACAUUGGUAACCUAGGUAACCAUUAUACACUUGUAGCUUAGAUAACCAUUACACGCUGGUUGCCAAGGUAACCAAUUCACUAGUUUCCACUAUAACUACACGAAGUCAACACCAGGUUUACACAAAUAAAAACACAAACCUUUCCCCUAAUUUUUACACUAAUCAACUUAAUCUCUAUACAAAUAACUACACAAAACUCUUGGGGCGGGAUUCAUCUAUUUAUAACGUCCUUUAAAAAUUGGACCGUUAUACCGCCCCUCACCUCGUUAACACGUGUCCACUUUGGACGAAACACUCCCCCACCCCACCAUACAGGUGGGCGUCAACUCAAAUGUUUUCAUCCUUUAGCAGCUCUAUUUUGUGUGUCGUGAGAAAUAAAUACAAAUGUUUUAACAUUAUAAACAUUGCAUGAACGCUUGUAUUUUUUACCAGCUUUUUCAUAACAUCAACCAAAGUCAAACAAGCUUUUUUGUUUUUAAACCUUUAAUAACUCGUUUAGGCGAAAAAUAUCAUUAGCGUAUGAAAUUAAUUUGAAUUAUACUUGGUGCCAUAUUUAUUGCAUAAAAAAUUGAAAUAAUCAUGUUAACAAUUAUGUCUACGCUUUUUGCCCUCAACUUUUGUAUUAUAUAAAUAUAUUCUUUAUAUAUUUAUAAGUGUAAUA